AUGAUUUCACAAACUCAGACAAUUAGUCAAACAAGUUAAACGAUAUUACAUCUCAAUAGCAGUGAAUCACAUGAGGUAGAGUAGCAAACGUAAAAGAAAGAAAAAAAGAAAAGAUCUGUUCAAUGGACAGAGGAUACUGUUGAUAAUGAAAAUCUAGGAAAGCUCAAAUCUAAUAUUUGUUGCAUUUAUCAUAAACCACACACGGAAGAAUCAGAAAGUUCAGAUACUUGUACAAGUGAUGAUGAGAUCAAUGCCAUAGAAAGAGAUAAAUAAUCAAAACUAAGACAUAAAAUGAAAUGCUCCAAAAAAAAUAAGAAGUGUUGCUGA